GGACAAAUCGCGUUUUACGCGACGCGGGAAAACUACUACGCGUUCAUUAUCCGCGAAGCUAUCAAACUUCACGCGCGGCUGAUUGUCGCCGCAAUUUCACAAGAGUCCAAACAAAGCUCUUGCAGUGUAAGGCGAUGAUAGCGUCCUAGCGUUGUCGCGUCGCUCGCAGUGCAGACGGGCUGCUUGAAACUGCUGCUCGAGUGUGUUUCUGAAGAGCAAAGACAUGGAGCGGUGUAAAGAGAAGCGUCUCGUAGUGUGUUUGCUGCUCUUUCUGACGCUCCGCGUGGAUUUGGGAUUCGCAUUCAGACAGAAUAAGGACACCGAGUUCACUUUCCUUUUACCUCCAGGAGCAACCGAGUGCUUCUUCCAAACAGCCACUAAGAGCGGCAGCAUGGAAGUGGAGUACCAGGUCAUUGCAGGCUCAGGGCUGGACGUCGGCUUCACUCUGAUCUCCCCGCAAGGAUAUAGAUUGGUCUCCGACUUCAGAAAAUCAGAUGGCAUACACACAGUGGACCCCACUGAGGAGGGCGACUACAGGAUUUGCUUUGACAACAGCUUCAGCCAUAUUUCAGAGAAGAUGGUGUAUGUGGAGGUGAUCGUGGAUGGACCAGAGGAGGACGAUGAGGAUGAUGAAGAUUGGGCUGCUCUGGCUGAACCGGAGGACUUGCUGGAGUACAAAUUGGAGGAUAUCAGGGACACAAUGGACGCCGUUCACAAGAAUCUGGAGCGAAGCCGUCAGCUACAGACGACGUUGCGGGCGUUCGAGGCUCGUGACCGUUACCUGCUGGAGGAUAACCUGUGGCGGGUUUCCUUCUGGUCCAGUGUCAGUCUGCUGGUCAUGGUCAGCGUGGCUCUCGCCCAGAUAUACACGUUACGCAGAUUAUUCAGUGACAAACACAGAGUUUGCACAUAGCAGAGAUGAACUGGAGAGGGACGAUACUGGAACACUGUAUGCUGGACUAAUGGAUUCUGU